AUGGCAUCAACGACAACGAUACGCCUAAUGAGGCUGCACCCCCUGGGAAGGGCACCUUUAUUGAAUACCGUCAGGACCAAACAAAUCCCUUAUGUUCGGUCAUAUGCAACGCCAUCCAAUCCCAAGGAAGAUGCCAAAUCUCCCAGCAAAAACCCGGCCGCACAAUUCUACAAGACCUUUACCAGACCAGUCUCCAAGGUCCUCCUCAUCGCCGUGUUGACAUACCAGCUCGUCUACUUUGGGUGGAUGAAGCUCGAGACUGAUGAGAUACGCGCCGAAACGGCUGGUGAGUUUUGGGGGAGGGAGAAUGAGGAGAAGGAGAAUAACAGACUUGCUGACAAUCUGCCAUAUACAGACACAAUUUCUCAUCUCGAAUCCAAGGUGGAAGAGUUCAAGAAAUCUGAAAAGUCGAAAUGA